UCGUAAGACUGGCGUUGCUAGGCAAUAGCUCCAUAAACACGUUUCCGAAUACACACACACAACAAUUGAAGAACUGUUGAUUGCGACGUUUUCUCUGCUGUCAGUUCCGAUUCUACAUGUCGAGGACCAGACUGGCUGACCGACUAGUGACAGCAGAAUACCGGACAUUCAGAACAGGUCAGCACGAGCAAGUCAGACUGUUGCAGCUACAACCAUCGUGGGAUCACCACAUUAAACCACAAUUACAGUUGCCGAUUCGGACGCAAUAAUGCCACACACAGUGGAUACACAGGGAGUGCAACCCAACAAUUUGGAUUUCGGGUAUAUAAAGGAGGCAGCAGACCAGCGCACCUAUGCCAUUUUACAAACAUUGCAGCCAGUGGACACGGCGGGGGAAUCAGAAAUUAUGUACAUCUCAACAUCUGAACAGUACUACUCCAUGGAUACCAAUGCAGUUACGUAUAGUCAGAUGGAAAAUGAUGUAACGAAAGGGAUCACUGCAGGCCAGUGCCUUGCUCAGGAGAGCGGGGCCUACUUUAUCCAAGAAGACGUCGAUUUAGAUCCGAUCCAUGCGCUCACUGCAACACAAACAAAUUGUCUACAGCCAGUAACAGCAGAUACUGGCGAGGUGGCGUAUAUGGUUCCAAGCAAUAUAGGUACGUGCAUUUCUUCUCUGAAUGAUGACGGACAUCCUGAUCUCUCACUUAUCAACCCCGUUGGAUGGUUGUUGAGGAACUUUGAAUUAGCUGAGAGCAUGAGCGUUCCUCGUUCUACAUUGUACACAUUUUACCUCCAUCAUUGCAACGAGAACAAUUUAAAACCUCUUACUGCAUCAUCAUUGGGGAAAGUCAUCAGUAAGAUUUUUUUUGGUUUGAGAACCAGAAGACUUGGUAAAAGGGGUAAUAGCAAAUAUCAUUAUUUUGGGAUCCGUGUAAUUCCUGGAUCAGCAGUGAGUCAACUAACAGAAGUUGAUAACCUAGCCGUUUGCCAUAAACCUUCACAGGAACACUGUAAAUUCCUGUCAUGCUCAGGUGACAGUGAGAGUGGCACUUUGAAAAUAACAGACAAGCAUGAGAAAAAUACAGACAAUUUAGUUGGCUGUCAUCUCUCCAAUUCAUUACCACAGGAUCCUCAUCAACACCUGAGCCUAGGCAACGUACCAGGAGUAAUAUCUGACUUUCCAAAUAUAGAAUAUCCUCGAGGAUUUUACCCACCAGAGAAUUGCACAUUGGAAGAUCUGAAAACAUUUCGUCGUAUCUACCAAGAACACUGCAUGGUCGUCCACGAUGCAGUUGUGAACUUCAGAUUCCAGACAGUUGAGAGUUUGUGGAUAGAAUUCUGGGGAAGUCAGGAUAACAACAAUGGCGACGAAUAUGACGAGAGCAGAUAUUUGUCCAAAACGAAGUUGUAUCUCUUAUGCCAGUGUAAGCCAGUUCAACAGUUUGUUCAGCGUGUGGAUUGCCUGUUCCAUCAGAUUCUAGUCAACGUCCUCAUUCCUGAUGUUCUUAUCCCAAUUCCAAGUUCAGAAAUACAGGAAAUUCGAAACUUUGCUAAUGGACUGGUAUCGUAUCUGAAAAGAGUCAUGGCAAAUUGUCCUAAUGAAAUUAUGCACAUCAAAAUCUCCGCUGCGAGUACCUUGGCACAGACGUUACGACGCUACAGUUCACUAAAUCAGCUGGCUCAAGCUGCACGUACUGUCCUUCAGAAUUCUCCACUAAAACUCCAGAUGCUGGUUGACCUAAAUAAAGUUGACUUUCUCAGUAUACAAGACCAGGCAUCAUGGGUAUAUCAGUGUGAUGUUAGUAUGGUGCAACAACUGGAGGUUGCCUUCAAAAAUAUACUACAUGAGCAGACUUCGUUAGAGCAGUGGGCAGCUUGGUUGAAGAAUGUCGUUUCACAGGUGCUGAAACAGUAUGAAGGGAAACCCGACUUUGCCAAGGCUGCAAGGCAAUUCUUACUCAAAUGGUCAUUUUACAGUUCAUUGGUCAUCAGAGAAAUGGCCCUUAGAAAUGUAGCAAGCUUCGGCUGCUUUCACGCGAUCCGUCUACUGUAUGAUGAAUACAUGUUCUUCGUUAUUGAGCACAAAGUGGCUCAGGCGACAGGCGAGACCCCUAUUGCAGUCAUGGGAUGGAAGUACAACAACAAUCCGAACAAUGUGGGUGAUUUCAUCCAACUGGGACCCCGUAAUGCUGGAAGGAAGAUGGCUUCCAGAACCUUAGCUGUUGGAACUGAUGAAGCUAGCCACCAUGCAGUCGCCACAAAGCGUUUGAAGAUCGGCUAACAACUUAGUUAAUUCUAGUGAAGAGAACAUGUAAAUAUUCUGUCAUACCUCAAUUUUAAUUUUGCUAUCAUAUGU